GCCACGGUCAUGAAUGGCUGGGAGGAGUUCCUCAACCGCGACGCCCGAGGCACGGAGGUCUCCUGGAGCACCUGCGUCAAGUGCCAGGCAUGCGAGGAGCGCCCCGCGGCGAGGGAGGCGGCCCUCGGGGCUGGCCGGAGGGCUGCAGCGGCAGAGCCUGCCCGGGCACCCGCAAUCAGGGCCGCCCUCCAGCUGUGGGAGGAGCUCGUCUCGGAGCACCCCGGAGCUUUGGGGGACACGCCCGCUUUCCGCUGGGGACCCCGCUUCAAGGAGGCGUUCGCGGGAACCGCGGGGGUGACCCGCGCGGCGGAGCAACUGGGCAUCCAAGCGGACGAGCCCGUGGAGCUGUACCGGAACCCCCUGCACCCCAAGGAGUCGGAGAGGAGGGAGGACCACGACCUCUCGAACCCCGGCGUCGCCGAGGCCCUGGUCAAAGAGGCAGAUGCUCCCCCGGGGGGCGCCCGCACCUGGGAGAAGCCGGAGGGGACCGGUGUAAACGGCAAGGAGGUCUUGGGAAACGCCCUCUCCCAGACCACGGUAAGGUGCAUGCGGAACCUUCAUAAAUGGAGGAAGGGAUGGGUCUUCGAGAACCAGGAGCAUAGAGGGAUAUAUCCCAAGGUCUACGACCUCCCGGAGUGGUUGGAAAUCCUGGAGGAGACCGGUGCCGUGAUCAUCCCGGGAACGAUGUGCGCCUGGGGCCUCCAUCCCUCAGACGCUUCGUCCCCCCAUCAGUUCUAUCGCAAGGGGUGCUGGCUGGUCGUCUCCGCCAACCUGGCCCCCUUCUUCACGAAGCUCCGGAGACCCUGCCCCGGUCUCUCCCCGGUGCACCAGCACGUGGAACUCAGGGAUAACGUCCCAGGGACGGGCAUCAAGCGGACAAGGGAAGCCGCCCAAUACCCCCCGCGCUUCGCCCGCGCCGUGGCGCUGGCCAUUUGGACGGACUGGGCGCAGGAGCUGUGCACCCAUUGUGCGGACAACCCCAAGUACUCCCCCGAAGUUGUGAAGGAGGGGGCCCGACUCGGUGAUGGCCUAGUCCAGGCGGCGGGAGGCUGGAAGGAAGCAGUCGACUGCUACCGAGAGGCCUGGACGAGCCGGUGGGGGAACAACCUGGACGGGGUCUUCAAGGAGGAGCUAUGCGAGCUGCUCGACCCCGACCUCAGGGAUUACCUCCACCAGAUGGUGAAGGGCGGGGUUCCCGCCCGCCAACCGCUGGCCCAG